UGAAACUCGCUGUCACGUCCGUGGCCAGACUCUGGGAACCUGUACAUGAACCAAAAACGAUUCAGAGAGGAAGGAAAAAGUAAAGUCCUCUCUGGGCAGAGAACUGCCUGGCUGGUGUGAGGAGCAGCCGUGACCACAGAGGUGGUGGAGAGAUGGCCCCCAGCAGCGACCUGCUUUCCUUCGUGAAUCCGGUUGUCCCCCUCUCUAGGGCCACACAAGGGGGCCUCCAGUAUGGACAUCAAAUCACUGUCAAAGGGAUGUUUCUUCAGUCCUGUGGAACCAGGUUUGCUGUGAACUUUCAGACCGGCUUCAGUGACAAUGACAUUGCCUUCCACUUCAACCCUCGGUUUGAAAAGGGCGGGUAUGUGGUCUGUAACACUAAGCAGAAAAAAUGGUCUAAGAAGGAGGAGAGGAUGAUGAUAAAUCCCUUCCAGAUGGGAGUUCCUUUUGAGAUCAGCUUCCUGGUGGAGAACUCCGGUUUCCAGGUGAAGGUGAAUGAAAAGGAGUUUACGAAAUACAUUCACCGCAUGCCCUUCCACCGUGUGGACACCAUCUCCUUCACUGGUGGUGUGGAAGUGAAACAGAUCAGCAUUGAGGACACCCGUGCAGUCUCUGUCCAGAAGAUGAUCUCUGAGGUGCAAUGCAACCCCAGUCCCUUUGGGUCACCUGAGUCGGAAGAGCAGAAACAAAACCCUCCAAGUUAUUGGCAGGCCAUCGCGGCUCCCAUUACUCAAACUGUGGUCCACACAGUGCAGAGCACCCCUGGACAGAUGUUCCCUGUAAGUCUGCAAGUUCCGUCUGCGCACAACCCCGCUCCCUCCUGCUGAAUCCCGUAAUCUCCCCAAUGGCAUAAUCAAGCCCCCCUGGGGGCCACCAUCUUGAAACAGCAAAGGCCAACCCUUUCCUUUGAAUUAGCCAAUCGCGAAAGACUGUGCGCCUGAGCUCCAAUCAAGAGAUGCAUCAGGGAUUACAGAGCCCAGGAGACCACCUGCUUGGUGUGUGCAUACCCUUCUGCAUAGAAAUAAAGAUGC